GGAAUUGUCGCAAAACUCCUACCAGCAGAUUUCGAGAGAACCGCCUGCAACAACAUAUACACAUGUUUAUACCUUUCUGCAAAAAGGAAAUGGUAUAGAGAACAAUGUUACGGAACAAUGUUAAGGAACAAUCAGAGGCAAGUGCCACGAGCUAUGAAACCGAAAAGACAUUAUUCGAUUUAUUGUUGAGAAAUAAAGAAACAAAAAUAAUGCUUCCUCUAUCUACCUAGGUAGCAUAUGGUGAACAUCUUGUAGGUAAUAUAAAUCGUCUUCUAUUCUCUGAUAUAUAUCUCAUAACAAACGCCUUUUCCUCUGAAUAAUAUGAACCUAAUUUAUCAAAAUGCUGGAUCACCUAUUCUUUUCCUGGGGCUGGAGGGCUACAGCUUUAUGUAUUUGUCUUUUUCCCUUUUUGGUGGCUUAUCUUCUUACUACUGUUAAAUCUACCCUUACUGUGCGGAGUAAAAGUACUAAUAAAUCUCCUGCUUUUGACCCGUCGCCGGAUUUUAUAUUCGGUAACCUUUUUGCUUUUUCAUUCGACACUCGUGGAUAUCUUGCACAUCUAAUGUGAGUACAUGGGGAUGACACCUCUAUUCUUUUGGCUAAUAGAUGUCCAGAAAUCGUUUUGGUCCCCAUGUACCUGUUCGAAUUCGAGUGGGUGGUCAUAGUUUCUACUUUGUUUCCGGACCAGAAUAUAUUCUCAAACUAUUCCGUGGUUCUCGAGAACUCACUGCCGUUCCCGCCAUGGCAGCAAUAGUUGAACGAAUUUUUGGUUCUCCUCCUGAAGCCAGUUCCGUACUCUUAAAUGACAACACCGGCACCUCAGCACAGCCAUUGCCGGACACCAAUCCUUUACCCGCAGACCAACGUUAUCACCAUUUAUCCCAUCAAGGAUUCUCCGAUAAUCUCACCGGUGUCCGAUUAGCAGAACUCGUAACUCGAUUCCUAGAAAAUCUGAACACGGAACUAGAUAACCUAGACACGGGAACCGAUGAAUGGCUAGAAAUACCAGAUCUCUACACUUUCAUCCAAAACACCAUAUUCAACGCCAACACUCGUGCACUUUGCGGAACACACAUAUUCGAAGUCAUCCCCACGCUAACCGAAGACUUUUGGAACUUUGAUUCGCAGGUUGCAGGCCCGCUUAAAGGUAUCCCGAGAUUCUUCAUCCCUGGUGCUUAUAAGAUUAGAGAUAAAAUGGUCGAGGGUAUUCUCGCGUGGCACAAAUCGGCAGAAGCGCAUAUCGAUCGCAGUGGUGAGGAGCUUGAAAAUAAGUCUUGGGAACCAUACUAUGGAUCUAAACUUUUCCGAGACCGAGCUCGUUUCCUUUCUAAAAUCAAUGGGUUUGGUGAUCAAGCUCGCGCGGCUAAUGAUCUAGGUUUAAUUUGGGGGUAAGUGAAAUGAAGCUAUAAAACAUAACAUUUCGAAACCACUCUAAUGCUCCCUAGGGCAAAUUCCAACAGUAUCCCAGCAAUUGCCUGGUGUAUCCUAGACAUCCUAUAUCGUCCCGACCUCCUAUCCCAAAUCCAUUCCGAACUCUCCACCAUCGCAACCCUACACCAAAACAGUCCCAUCACCCAACAAACGCCCGACCUCCUAUCAAACCUCCUCCUCCAAUCCAUCUACAGCGAAGAACUGCGCCUCCGUAACGCCGCCGCAAUCCAACGCAGCACCCUCAACCCAACUUUCCGAAUCGGCCCCUGGAAAUUCCCCAAAAACGCCAUGAUCCUAGCAAGCAUCUGGUACGCCGGCCACGACAAAACCAUCUGGAACGAAGGUCCCAACAACCAAUACGACGUCGAUACCUUCUGGCCCGAACGCUUCAUCCUCUAUCCCAAUAAUCCACACAGCGGUCCCAAAAAACAACACAACACGGAUAAACAUCCCUCAGAGAAAAUCACAAAUCCAAAACUCAUCACCGAUGCGGUGAAUGGGUCGUGGAUUCCAUAUGGAGGCGGUCAGCAAAUUUGCCCGGGGAGGUUUUAUGCAAAGCAAGAAGUUAUUGGAAGUAUAGCGGUAUUUUUUUCGAGGUUGGAGGUUGAGUUACUUGGGGUUCGGGAUGGGGAGAUGCCCAUGCCGGAUUUUAGGUAUUUUUCUCUGGGCGUUUUGCCGCCGAAGGGUAGGUUUCCCGCGAGAUUGCGCAGGAGGUAGAUUUUUGGAUUGGCGCUAGGUGGCUGGUUAUGAGAUUGCUUUGUUCUGGUGUUUAUUUUGUGGGAAUAUGAUGGGUGAUGGUAGAUUGGGUUUCUUGUGAACUUUCUUGGUGUAUACGUUCUGUCUCGGUUGUGACUCGCCAUUUA